AGACGCUCCUUUUGUCGGAUUCGUUUCGAGCUGACUCCCCGGGGUUUACGGCUGAAAAAAACACACUUUGAAAGUACCGAAAUAACCCAAACGACCACAGUGGUGUGCACUAUUAUCCCGGCUUUCUGUUCCAACCUGAAGAGGAGGGGGCGGGGUCUUCUCCGUCACUCGCUGCAUGAUGAACGGCAGCAGCAGCGUCUCCACAGCUCAGAGCUCCAGGAUCAAAAACGAACCAGAUGAUUGGUCUAAGGAGGACUGUCUGACUCUGCUGGAGAGGAUCCGCAGUCUGCUGCCGGACACGGACGCCAUGAAGUAUAAAACUACGGAGUCGCACUUCGACUGGGACAAAGUGUGUUUCGGCAGCUUCACUGGAGAGAUGUGUCGCUACAAGUGGCAGAAAGUCUCCACUGAGGUUCGUAAGUACAGAACGAUGACGGAGAUCAUCGUCGACGCCACAGAGUUCGUGAAGAAUCCGUACAAAGGCAAGAAGCUGAAGACUCAUCCAGACUUCCCCAAGAAACCUCUGACUCCGUACUUCCGCUUCUUCAUGGAGAAACGAGCCAAAUACGCCAAAAUCCACCCGGAGAUGAGCAACCUGGACCUGACCAAGAUCCUGUCCAAGAAGUACAAGGAGCUGCCGGAGAAGAAGAAGCAAAAGUACAUCACAGAGUUCCAGCGGGAGAAAGAGGAGUUUGAGAAGAACAUGGCUCGAUUCAAGGAGCUGCAUCCUGAGCUCAUCGAAGAGCGGAAGAAGUCCGACCUGCCGGAGAAACCCAAGACCCCCCAACAGCUGUGGUACAACCACGAGAAGAAGACCUACAUGAAGCUGCACCCAGAGGUGAGUCCGAAGGAGCUGAAGGAGGCUCUGAGGAGACAGUGGUCUCAGCUGUCUGACAAGAGGAGGCUGAAGUGGAUCAGUAAAGCUCUGGAGCUGCAGAAAGAAUACGAGGGCAGUAUGAGAGCGUAUCAUGAAGCUCAUCCAGAUGUGACCGCUGAUGAUCACGUUCGGUCCGUCCUCACAAAAGCAGAGCGACAGCUGAAGGACAAGUUUGAUGGACGGCCAACCAAACCUCCACCUAAUGGGUACUCGCUGUACUGCGCUGAGUUGAUGGUGAACAUGAAGGACGUCCCCAGCACGGAGCGCAUGGUGCUCUGCAGUAAACAGUGGAAGAUGAUGACGCAGAAAGAGAAGGACAUGUUUCAGAAACGCUGCGAACAGAGAAAGAAGCAGUACGACGUCGACCUGCAGAGGUUUCUGGAGAGUCUCCCGGAUGAGGAGCGAGACCGGGUUAUGGGCGAGGAAAAAAUGGGUGGGGCCAGACAUGGAGGGGGCGUGGCCCCCAGCCCACACAGAACCAAGUCUCUCUCUGUCAAGGAGAGAGUUCGGGAGGCGGAGUCAGAGACGUGGGCACCUGCCGCGAGGCGGGACGGGAAGAAGGCUGCGAAGCUUCCAGAGACGCCUAAAACAGCCGAGGAGAUGUGGCAACACAGUGUGAUCGGAGACUACCUGGCUAAAUUCAGAAGCGAUCGCAGGAAAGCCCAGACGGCGAUGGAGGCGGCCUGGAAGUCGAUGGAGAAGAAGGAGAAGAUCCCGUGGAUCAAGAAGGCGGCGGAGGACCAGAAGCGUUACGAGGUUCAGUACCAGCCUGUGAGGGAGCUGUUGGAGAUGAGAGCUCCAGCAGCAGCUCAGAGGAAACCAAAGUUUGAAGGAGAACCAAAGAAACCUCCAGUGAGCGGGUAUCAGAUGUUCUCCCAGGAGCUACUGACCAAUGGUGAGCUGAACCACUUCAGCCUGAAGGAGCGGAUGGUGGAGAUCGGGAAGCGGUGGCACAAACUGACUCAGAGCCAGAAGGACAAGUACAAGAAGAUGGUGGAGGAGCAGCAGGGGGAGUACAAGGCCGAGCUGGAGGACUGGGUCAAGUCUCUAUCUCCUCAGGAUCGAGCCAGUCUACAAAGAGUUCUCCUCCACGAAGCGUCGCAGCACCGCUAAAGUCCGCAGCAGUCCCGGGGCUAAAGUCCGUGUGACGGUGAAGGGGAAGACAGCGAGCUGCAGAGCCACGACUCAGACCGUCAGCGUGGCGAAGAGAGCCAUGGCCUACAGAGCCAAGGUAACACACUACAC